AUGUGCCUAUGGCCGAAUCUUUUGACGCGCGACGUGCCCAAAACGCCUUGGGGAACAAGUCGCGCCAAGUCCUGGGCUCUCCGAGCUGGAAAGGCUCGAUAUAGCUUGGCGUCUUCGACCACCUCUGGGUUAAGCCAUCCUCGGUCGUGCGCCGAAUCUCUUUGGUCCGAGGGUCCUGAGGUGGUAACUCCAACCGGAUUGAAAGUGGCCGCAGGACCUGCUGUACAUUAUUCUGUGGCUCAAUCUGCUGGGUCAUUUGAACAAGGGGUUCAGCCGUUGCGACCGAGCCGGGCGGCUUUAGGUAAGCGUCGUAGGUUUGGCCGGGAUGCAUAUGUGUCGCUGUUGGAACGGCCGAACCGUACUGAGGGUGGGAUCUUGAUGGAAACAACGACGCUUGUGAUGGUGAAACGGUCGGAUCGCUCUGACCGUGUUGCUGUGACGAAGUAG